GUUUGUAUAAUUAUUGUUUCUAAUUUUUUUCCAUAAUACGCUAAAAUGUUACAUACACUAUAGAAAUAUUUUAAUAAGAACCGUAUAUUCACAAUUGUUUUCAUAAGAAACUAGAAAUACCAUUAGAAAAGGUAGAUGAAUAAAUUAUUAAAUUUUUAUAAACAAUCCUUGCACCGUUAAUAGUAACAGUUACAAACGGUAACCGUUAGAAAUGAUUAUAAAGGACAUUUUAGAAGGUUAUGCACAUGCAGAAAACAGUUAGAAAACGUUAUUUAUGUUUUGCUUACUUCUUAUUCUCCUACUAUUACUUAGAAUGUAUCUAAUCGUGGCUUAGAAUAGUUCACACGUGAUUUUCGUAAAUUUUAUUCAUUUACAAAAAGAAUUAUGUGCAUAGUUAAAUUUACUGGAAGUUGGUUUCGAGGUGUAAUGUUGAAAUCGGAUUUGUGAAUUAAAUCUUGGUAUACGUGAACUUUUAUUUUAUUUAGGAACCUUAAACUUCAUUUUUAGGUACUAUUAACAAAACUUAUUACUGUUAAAAAUUGCAAUAAACUCGAUGUAGUUCACAAAAAAUGAAGAGAAAAUUUGGUGAUGAAAUGGAAGUUGAUGAAAACUCGUCUCGUUUGGCAGAAUUUUACGGUCUUGAUCACAUCAAAACGCAAAAUUCUGAACACUUUACAUCGAAAAAUUUGCAACUCACAAAAGGGUGGACAAAUAUAACUUUAAAUUAUCAAAUUUUUAUUUAUAAUUUACCAAAAAAAAUUUCUCAAGAAGAACUUUUAUUGAUAUUAUUAAAAUCGAAAGCUUUAAAAGAUCUUAAAUUAAUUCAAGUUAACCAUAAAGUUUUUGGGUUCAUAAAAUUUGAUGAAAAUUUAAUAAAAUUAAAUGAUUUUAUUGAACUUUUAAAUAAUCACGAACAAGUGUCUGGCGCGUUGAAUGGUUUAAUGGCUCGUAAAUGUUUACAACAAAAGAAAACCGUUUAUAUUUCGAACAUGAAAAUUAAAAAGUCCAGCUUUUUCAAGUUACAGUCAUCGAUUCUCAAUAUUUUAAUUGGUCUGAGACGCAUUCAUUUCUAUCCAAUUGAUAAAUUCGGUAGAUUUGCGAUCAAAUUAGAAGUUUUUGAGCAUUUCUAUACCGAUUUAGCUUUAGAACUUUUGACAACUGAUAAAAGGUUAUUUAAAAACCAACCUGAAGUGAUGUUAAACACCGAAACAAACUCUGCUUUCCUAAAGUCGCCGGUUUUAAUUUUCGAAUGGAAUCAAGAUGGAGAAUCAAAUAUUAAAAGGCCGAUAAUCACCGUUUUAAACAAUUUUGAAGUUCAAAAAUUAGCAGCUUUUUAAAUUAUUCAUGGUAAAGCAUGUUCGGGAGAUAUCGUUUUUCCCUUCAUCGCAUAUACAUAUGUAAAUAAUGUUAAAAUUGUACUUAUCUUUAUAUUCAUGUUUAAGUUCUACUAUUUAAUUUAAUACUAUUAAAACAAUUUUUAUUUGUUUUUA